UUCGUAAUGGCUACGAUAACGUGCUUACCAGAAGAAGUGAUAAAAAUCAUUCUCAACUACAGUGACAUUAGUAGUGAGGAUAUUUUCAACUUUAGAUUUGCAUGGAUGCAACUUCAUUCAACAAACGAGUCUGUAUUUGAGUAUUGGGAAAGAACAUUAUCUCAAAGAUGGCCUUCUGCGAAUAAAGUAUAUGCGGAACAGUAUAAGGAAAAUGAGAAAACAAAUUCUGAUGAAAUUGUGCAACAGCAGAAACGGAGCAUAGACUUUAUAGAAACAGGCAUAAAUUAUGCAAAACAAUUACAAGAAUAUGUUUCUCAAAUCGUUUAUAAGCAUAAUCAUGAAUCACAAGCACACAGCAUUGGUGGUUAUUAUUAUAUACAAAUUAAUAAUUCAAUACUGUUUCAAGACGUAUUUCAUUUAGAUGAACAUUUAACAAAUAACAUUGAUGAAAUAAUUAAUAAGCCUGAACAUUUCAUAAAAUAUUGUUUCUUUAUUGAUGAAUGUAAAAACUUGCUUAUACAAUCUCUAAGUAAAACUGAUUGCAAUCUAACCAAACAAUAUUGUUAUGCAAAAUUAUUUUGUUAUAUGAGGCAGUUAUUUUUAAAGAAUAAGUGGAAUAUAAAAAUUGAAAGACAACCUAAUCAACUUUUGGAACGGAUGUCUACUAUUAUGGUACGUUUAUGGUAUAUGACGCUACAACCCGAAAGAGAUAUAUCUUAUUCAUGGGUAAAAACAUCGUUGGAUAAUAUCGCACUAGGGGUAUUGAAUUAUCUCCGAGAAAAAUAUCCCGAUCACUCGAUAUUCUCGAUAUCCGCUGAAACUUUUACUUAUUGGAAAAAUAACAAUAUCGAUGAAAAUCAUUGGAACGAAGCGGAAGGAACGCAGAUUAUAGAUAUACUCGACGAAUAUAUAUUUGACAAAUUAAACUUUCGGACGACAUUAGAUCAUGAAAAUUUUGAGCACCUGUGCAUAGAUAAUGUUUUAAGAAAUAAAUAUGGCCAAGAACAAAUUGUAUCAAUAAUAUAUCAUAGCGUGGCCAGGAGACUUGGUUUACGUUGUGAUGUAAUAAAACUCAGUUACAACUCCAAAAUGUUCGGUAUAUUUUGGAAACUAAAAUAUUCCACGAAGAAUUUAGAAAAUGCAAGAUAUUUUAGGAUAAAUUCUUACCAAGUUUCGGACAAACGAGGGUUACUCAGGACACUAUAUUCAUUUAAAGAACCCUGUAAAAUAGAAGCUAAAGAGAUGUGGUACGAAAUAAAAGAACUAUUCUUUCCGUCUUCUCCAUUCCCAUAUGAAACGUUCAACGUUUGCUAUAAAAUAACAGAGCCAAUAAACAUAAGAACACCGGAAAUAAAAUAUGCAGUAGGAAUGAUCGUAAAACAUAAUUUCUGUCGGUCAGAUUGUACCGGUGUUAUAAUUGGAUGGGCGCGACAUGAAUAUGUUUCGGUAGAAAGAAACUCUACACUCCCAAGAACUUAUGUGUAUUGCCGAUAGAAUCCAAUAAUUAUAGUUACAGAAAAGGAAUAAAUUAUGUAAUUCUUAUCGAAAAUAGUAAAAUGUGUUACAUGGAACAAGAUGAUAUAACUUUAACAACGUCGAAAUGGAUCGAUAAUAGCGAAAUAGGUCGCUAUUUUUGUAAAUUUGAAGGCACGUAUUACGUACCAAAUCAAAUGUUGGCAAGACUUUUUCCGCAAGACGCCGCUAUAACUGCCAAGACAACAAUUACACAACAAAUAUCAAAAUUAACAAUAUAAACAUAAAAUCUAAUUAAUAAGUUUAUCAUUGGAAAAUGCAUUAUAUCCGUUUAAAAUACGUGUUUUCCAAUAGUUAUAUUCUCAGAAAUAUCAUGGUAUGUCUGUAGACGGAAGAACAAUAAGUAGAAGGAAGAUAAA